AACCAGACACCGUAAUCAUGAUUAUAUACAAGCAAAUAAAGCAAAUGUUUCAAAUUUGAGUUCAAGUUCUGAUACCGAUUCCAGUUCGAUGCUUGCUUCUACUUCUGAAAGUGAACAUCUUGAGUCACUAAAGGGUAUUGAAUCUGCUAUGUUCGAUGACACUUUAACUGAAUUUUUAAAAAGAUCUGAGGAUAAAACAUCAAGUGAUUCUUCAUUCGACGAUAUAACUAAUUCAUCUCUACCUUUUAAUGAUAGUUAUACAAGUUCAAGUUCUAAGCAUUCUAGUAUAGAUGAAGAAUUAUCAUCGAGCCCCAGUAUUAAUGAUUUUUCUGAUUCAA